UCCGCUAACGAUCCGCUAAACACCAUUAGUCUCGCAGUUUUUUUUAUCCGGAACGAGAAUCCGCUGGUAAUAAACUUUCGUUUGUAAAUUCGUGCGGAUCUUUCAAAAAAUCAACAUCUUCUUCCGCGGGAAAACGGUUCGUUUCCGAAAUAAGCUGCCUCAAUGUCAACGUGUAUAUGAACCAGCUUCGUGCCGACCUAUAAAACUACUCAGUUUCGUCCAAAGAUUAUCAAACACAUCACCGAAGUAAACAAAGGAACAUGGCUCGUCUGUCUCCACACUCGGUGCUGGUGGCCGCGCUGGUCGCCUGUCUCCUGGACCUGGCCGCGGGAGGAACUAUCCUUCUCCAGACGAGGACUGCAGGCAAGAACCGGCAAUCACGAGGAAUCAUAAAGAGACUGCUCUGCAAGAGGUACGGAGUGUGCAACAACGGGUACGGGGGAUCCUUCGGCGGGUAUCCAGGAGGGUACCAGCAGGGCUACCCCGGUGGCUUCCAGGGCCCCAACCAGAUCCCCGCCAUCAACAUCGGUAUCAGCCAAUCGCAGUCUUCUUCUAGUGGCAGCCAAGGUGGAUACAGCUCCGGUGCAUUCCCGAACAACUAUCAAUACAAUGUCGGUCCUGGUGCGGGCCCUUACAACCCGGGCCCUUACAGCCAAGGACCUUACAGCCCCAGUCCUUACCCGGGCUACUCCACGCCCUACAACCCCUACAACCAAGGAGGGUACGGGGGGUACAACCAAGGAGGGUACAACCAAGGGUACAGUGGCUACCCAGGGGCCUACAACAAUCAGUACAACGGCGGGAACCAGUACAACGCUAACUACGGGUUCCAGCACCCGCACAGCUUCGGCGAUGAGGUGACGGAGGAGGGCGGGCCGCAUCACCAGAACAUCCACGACGCGGAGGGCGCCAACAACCCGGGGCCGCAGUACGGCUCGGAGGCCUACACGCCCUCGGGCUCCUUCGCGUACGCGCGCUCCGCAGACAAGGACAAUAAGGCGCCCAAGUAGGAGAGGAUGUUCGU